CUCUCUCUCUCUCUCUCAUUCACUCUCUCACAAACACAACAGUGUGUUUAUCCCCGUCUCUCGCCACGCUUUCUCUCCUCUCUCGGUACACUCUCCAUUGCAGCGGUGUUAGUGGUGGUGGUGGUGGGGACAGACAAACAAACAAACAUACACACACACACUCACGCACACACACAAGAACACACAUACACACAUCAUUUAUUGAAAUAGGAGGGAAAGAGAGAGGGAAAGAGAGAGAGAGAGCGAGAGAGUGCGAGAGAGAGAGAGCGAGAGAGAACCAAGCACAUGACAACCAAACGACAAAGAGACGAGAGAGAGAGAGAGAGAGUCAGCUCUGUGGGGAGACAGAGACAUUCCACUGACCUUAGCUACCUGCCUUCAUUGAUCUCUCCGUCUGUCUGAUACAAGCCCCUGUGAGUGAGCUGCCCCCCUUGGCAACACCACCCCUCCAGACGCCUCGUCUGCACAUCGCCAUCGGACCGGGACAGUGGCCACAUCGAUGCAACAUGGGUUGUGGCAAUUCUUCAGCCGCCAGCACUGGAGGGGGACCAGCCGAUUCCUCCAAAGAUGUGACAGAAGAGCCCACAGCCGAUGAUGAAAAAAGAAGGAACUACGGUGGGGUAUACGUCGGCCUGCCAACAGAUCUGACAACAGUGGCUUCCAGUCAGUCCAAGCCAACGCGUAAAGAGUAGCUUCAGGCCGCCACACACAGCAGAUCCUCCAGCCUCGUAGCAAGCACAGAGAAGCACAUCCUGAGCCUCGUAGCAAGCACAGAGAGGACUUGGAGGAGGAAGUGCUUGAGCUGAGCACCACCUCCCACCCCUUCCACCACUGGGAACACCACCACCUCCACCACCACCAGUAGCUAUCCAGCAGUACAAGUCUCGUGCUUUCAAACUGUACAGCAGAGAUGGAAACUGCUGCCAGGACUCUGUCUCAGGGUGGCAGCACGGGUGGCGCUUUGACGCAUGGGUGCCCUUGUACACGACACCCACGUCCUCCCUCACCCUUCUUCACCGCCCAAGGAGAUGGGGGGGGGGGGGCGCUAAGGCAGACCGACGUGCACAGCCCACCGCGACGGCCAUCUUGGCGUUUCUAGGGCGACGGCUCCCACGCGCCUCUGUUCUAUUUUCUUUCUGGAGGACGCGAGAGGUCGCGGCCGGUGUGACAGCUACCGGGAUGCCGGACCUCUUUCGCAGACCCCCCCCCCCCCCCCGCGCUAAGAACACACCGCUGAGGGAGUGUCCUCGGAGACGGGGCAGAGACAUUAAGGAUUCAGAGAGGACGUUGUUAGGGGCGACGGUGGGGAAGAAGGAGGGGUAAGAGACGGAUGGAAAGGAAGACAGAGGGAGAGAGAAUGAGAGAGGGAGAGCUCAGGCCCUCACGCGGAAGGCGUUCGGAUUGGUAAAGGAAGCAUAUAGCCAAUUUUGUUAAUGGUUCUUCAGUAUUGGCUUUUUGUUUUGAACAGAUUUUUUAUUUUUUUCUAUAAAUCUGGUGCUAUAGAUUGGGAUUAGUCAUUUGAAUGUGUGAAAGGAACGUGAUCACCACCGCCACCCCGCCACCAGCCACCUCUUAGUCUGAUGGAUCGAGACGACACCUAACUGUCCCAGACUGAUUAUAUAACUAUGGCAUAUGACUCAUGAUGCUCUGCAGAUCUCUCCCUCUCUCUCUCUCUCUCUCUCUCUCUCUCUCUCUCUCUCUCUCUCUGUCUCU